AACCCGGACUUUAAGAAGUUCGGUUCGAACAAAAAGACCGGCCGGAGGGCCUUUUGUGCUCUCUAUUUGGUUGCCACCCGGUGAAAAUGAUAGGCUUACCUCGACUCCGUCCGCUCUUUUCUCCGUCCAUCUCCGCCGCUGCCCUCCGACUAAUCCACACCGCUCUUCCACCUGAACCCGAAAUCAUCGCCUCCAUAUGCGGGUCCCUUAGAAAAGGCUCAAACUUUCCCACUCCAACUAAACAAUUUACCAAUCUCAACCUCAAUAAAAACACCCAAAUCAUCCCAAAAAUAUUACUCCAACUUAAACAACCCCAUGAUGCCCAUUGUGCUCUCAAGUUCUUCCACUGGGCUGCUCUUAAUUUUGAAAUUCAGCACAGCCCGUUUGAUUAUUGUGUCACAAUUCACAUUUUAGCCCAUGCCAAGCUUGUUAAAGAUGCUCAAGCAUUGCUUGAAUCGGUGAUUGUGAAAACUAGUUCAGGUAUUAUGGUUCUUGAUUUGUUGUUUGAUAGCUAUGAGAUUUGUGAAUCAACCCCUUUUGUUUUCGAUUUGUUUGUACAAAGUUGUGCUAAGUUGAAAAUGAUUGAUGAUGCUGUUAGUGCUUGCGAGUUGUUGGAUAAAAAGGGGUUUAAUUUGAGUGUGAUUAGUUAUAAUACUUUGAUUAAUGUGGUGUUGAAAUCGGAUAGUGCAGGGUUGGUUUGGAAGGUUUAUGAGGGUAUGAUGGAAAGGAGGAUUUGUCCGAAUGAAUUCACGAUGAAAGUUAUGGUUAGUGGUUUGUGUAAAGAAGGGAGGUUAGGAAGGUUUGUGGAUGUUGUGAAGAGGAUUCAUGGGAAGAAAUGUUCAGCUGUAGUGGUUGUUAAUGCCUGUCUGAUUUACGGGAUGAUUGAUGAGGGGAGGAUUGAAGAAGGGUUGGGUAUUUUGAAGUGGUUGUUGCAGAAGAAUAUGAUUCUUGAUACCGUUGCAUAUAGUUUAAUUGUUUUAGCUAGAGUUAAGAGUGGGGAUUUGGCGUCAGCUUUGAGGGUUUAUGGAGAGAUGACUAGAAGGGGUUUUAGUGCAAAUCCAUUUGUGCAUACUUUGUUUAUAGGGGCGUACUGUGACGAGGGAAAGGUUGAGGAAGCGAUUGAGUUGUUCUGUGAAAUGGAAAAUGUGGGGCUGAAACCGUAUGAUGAGACGUUUAAUCAUCUUAUUUUGGGUUGUUCUCGAGCUGGUCGAUUAGAAGAUAGCUUGAAAUUUUGUGAAAGUAUGAUAGAUGCUGGUUUGGUUUCCAGUUGUGCAGCUUUUAAUGAGUUGGUUCAUCAGAUGUCUGAUAAUGGGUUCACUAAGCGGGCUGAUGAAAUGCUAACUUCUCUGUUGGAAAAGGGAUUCUUACCGAAUGAGCUCACAUACACUCAUCUCAUUGCAGGCUAUCAAAAAGAAGGGAACCUUGAAGGAGUACUCAAGCUUUAUUACGAAAUGGAAUACAAGUCAUUACCUCCAAGUACUUCGGUGUUUGCUUCCAUAAUUGCAGCACUUUGCCAUUGUGGAGAUUUGAAAGAAGCAGAGAAAUAUUUCAAGGCAAUGAAAGAUAAAUCAUUAGAUCCAUGUUCAUACACAUAUGAGAAUUUAAUAAAUGCACAUAUUGAGAAGGGAUCCAAAGUAAGAGGUGACCAACUAUAUCAUGAAAUGCUUGAUAGUGGACAUACAGCUAGUAUUGAAACUCAUUUACGUGAUGUAGCAAAAAGUUAGAGGUUUGAUGAUCAAUGUUAGCAUAAAGCAAAUGGGCAUUGAUGAUGGAUGAAUACAGCAGGUGGUUUACUUAUUUGCUGAGAAUUUAUAAUCACUUGCUUCCAAGGAUUCGGAUCCAGAUUGACCCUGUUAUCUUGGAGUUAUGAGCCCAAGACCGGUGAGGCCUCUACCGUUCCAGUUAACAUGAAAAAAGCAUCGCCUGGGAUGUCAAGACUUCAGAGGCUUUACUUUCUUUUAAAUAUUUAAUCAACGUGGCUUCUUUCAGAUUGACUUGUGAAGUUCUGAUGCCAAUAACAUUUAACUAAUCACGCAGGCAGUCUAGGUAAUUCAGAAAAUAAAGUUUUUCACAAGCGAUCUUCAAGUUUGAUGUUGAAGUAGAAAAAUCGCGAGAAUUGAACAAGGAUCAUGGUCAAGAGCGACUGCAUUUGGGAUUUUUUUUUUUAAAUCGGCACUUGCUUUACACUCCCCAGUAAGUAGAGUUAGAUAUUAAUUUAAUUAUGCGUCCAAAGCACUUUAAAGUGUGGAUUUUUUUUACUUUCUACAGUAUGUAUUAAAAAAAUAAUAAGAACGUGGUAUUGUGGUAGAUAUUAUCUAUUUUUGGAAAUUAUAUGGACAUGGUUUGAACCCCA